AUGCUCCUGCUGUAUCACAAACUGCUGUGUCACAAACUCUUUUUCCCUUACGCGCUCCCCCUUGCGCAGCCGGGGUCGGCGGAUAUACAUUUAUGUAUAUUAAAUAACUAUGACUAUAACUUAUUAAACAUUAUUGGACAGGUGCGCAGCUCCGAAAGCCUGGUGUUGUGUGACUCUCCACUGGUGCAGAAAUUACGUGCUCGCGCAGCUGCGUUGCUUGGCUUGGCGCCGCAACAUGCGGAGCCUCCUCAACUGGUACGCUAUAGUCCAGGACAGCUGUACAAGCCACACGUCGACUGGGGCCAUGGCACCGAUGCCUCUUUGUUCAUUGCGGGCCAGCGCGUGGCCACCGUUUUAGCAUAUCUCACUGACAUUCCAAAAGGCUGUGUAGGUGGCUGCACUCACUUUCCGCAUCUCACAAGGGAACAGCCACAAGGGCUGCGGAUUGUGCCUGUGCGGGGAGCUGCUUGUGCUUGGCCAAAUGUGUCUAUGCAUGGGAUGCCUCUCAUCGAGACGGAGCACGCCGCUGAGCCUCUGAUCGUGAAGCCUGAGAGUGAACAGCAAGAGCACCAGAAGGUUGCAUUGAAUCUUUGGGUUCGAGAUCGGCCGGUGCCAUGGGUGACAUAAAA